AUGAUACCACCCCUCAUGAUGGAGGCCCUAAUAGAGAGGGUGCACCAACAUAUCCGCGUGGAGGAAGAUAGCACCCGGGCUAAAGCAAAAUUUGGCUCAACAGUAAUGCCAGACAAAAAGACUACAGCAAAAGUCAACACGGUAGAACAACCAAGCAAGAAUGGGAGAGGCAGGCGAGCCAACAGGGAGGACCCAGAAAAAAGGAGGUUGAGAGUUCGCACUGCCAUCACUACCGUGUUCAAUAAACCUAUCUACCAAAUUCUCAGCGAGAUAAAGAAUGAACCCUUCGUUCGGCGGCCAGCCAAGUUGGGAGUAGCACAAAGGGGAUAUGACGAGAGGUCCCGCUGCACCUUCCAUGAUGAGAAGGGGCACCUAACUAAAAACUGCACACCCUUGAGGCAACAUCUGGAAGAAUUAGUAGUAGCUGGUCACCUAGACCAGUAUAUUGAAGGGGGAACACAGCCAGCCCCUCAGGACGUCAAAGGGCCAAACGGGAUACCGGUGGAUGGACUGCCCCAAGGCGUAAUCAAUGUUAUUCAUGGGAUCAUUGAACCUGAGCUGGUAUGUGAACUCAAGGGGAUGAUAAAGAAGGUAGAGCAUCUGAAGGAGGUACUAAGUGCACAACCCGCCAUAAAAAAGGGCAGAAUAGAGGCUACGAACGUCAUAUCCUUCUCAGACAAGGACCUAGCAAGGCUGCAUUGCCCUCACAAUGACACACUGGUGGUAACUUUGCGCGUCAAGAACUUCGACAUCAAGCGAAUCCUGAUUGACCAAGGAAGUUCGUGCGAGAUAAUGUAUUAUGAAACCUUCAAACAGCUGAAACUAGAGGACAAAGACUUGGCCCCUGCAACAUCUCCCCUAGUUGGCUUUAACUCAAUGCCGGAAUGGCCAGUAGGCAAGAUAAUCCUCCCAGUCAAAGCUGGGACCAUGACUAAUCAAGUGGAAUUCUGGAUCAGCACUCCACCAUGCAGAGAUAGUGGCAGAGGAAGUGGGAAACUUGCUGGAAGCAGAAGCUAUCAGAGAAGUACAUUAUCCCAGGUGGAUAUCCAAUAUUGUAGUAGUGCCAAAGACGAAUGGAAAAUGGUGUGUUUGCGUAGACUAUAA